AUGACUUUUUUUCGGGAAGCAUUUACCAAAGACCGAAAAGAAGCGUUAUCAUAUGAUGAUUCCGCUACAUUAUUUUUUUUUGGAACGAUUCUGUUUUUGAUUGUGACAAUUUGGACAAUUUCUUUCUUUCACGACUUGUUUUGUCCUUUGAAAAAAUCAAAAACAGGAAAUAUUUUAGCUUACAUUCUUUGCUCUGUUAAUCGUUUCAAAUAUUGUUGUUGUAAAGAAUGCGUUAAAAAAAUUAAUUUAAAAAAAAACAGAAUCCUAUCGUUAAGAAAUCGGUUAUUUCGUCAAACAAAAAUAGUACAAAUUUUUUGUUUAGGAGUGCUUUAUAUUUUAGUAUAUCAAUUAAUUCAAAAUCUUUCGACAGCAUCAGAAAUUCAAGCUUUCCAACCUUUUGAAAUAUUAAACAUUAAAGAAGGAGUGAAUGAAACUCUUAUUCGUAAAGCGUAUAGGCGUAUGUCACUUUUGCAUCAUCCUGAUCGUCACCCUACAGAUCCGCAAGCUACUGCUAGAUUUAUGUUAAUAACCAAAGCAUAUCACGCUUUAACUGAUGAGACAGCAAGGAAAAACUAUGAGAAAUAUGGUAAUCCAGAUGGUCCUGGCGUGUUUCAAAUCGGUAUUGGUCUUCCUCAAUAUCUUGUUAAAGAAGAAUAUCAGACGGUUGUACUCUUCCUUUUUGUCUUCCUUGUGAUUUUUAUAAUUCCCUCUAUCUUUAUUUUGUAUUAUCAUCAUCAAAAUAAUUUUUUCCCUAAUGGUAUCCGUGUGGAAACAAUUCAAUUUUUAGGAUUAUAUAUUAAUGAAUCUAUUCGUUUCAAGCGUUGUGUUGAGUUAUUUUCCGCAUCGGCUGAAAGCCGUUCCAUGGAGGAAAGAAAAUCGGAUGCUGUUUUCAUUAGUAAGAUUCAAGAAAACUUAACAGAAAAGGUUGGCAAAUCUCGGUUUCCUUCUCCUCUUAUUGAAAGAAAUAUGACGCUCUUACUGGGACAUAUGGAACGGAAGUGGGAUUUGAUGUCUCCUGAGCUUGAGGCGGAUCUACACAGUUUAUUACAUUUCGUUCCAGGAAUUACUAAUAGUAUGAUUGAAAUUGCUUUUUUACGAAAUUGGUAUCCGGUCAUUCGAUCAAUUUUGGAAUUGCGCCGGUGUUUAACGCAAGCAAUUAUGCCAACAUCAGCUGUUUUAAAACAAGUUCCACACUAUAAUGAAUUAACAUCUGAUAUAAAAAAAAAAUAUAAUCCUUGCUUGAAAGCUUUUAUUCAUGAUGUCAGACAAGAAGACAAAUCACCUGGGAGUAUUGAGAUUUUUUCUAAAUUACCUGGUGCUGUAUUGAAUGAUAUCAAAUCUUUUUGCUCAAGUAUUUCACUUAUGGAAUUAGAUGUUAAAGUUUUUGUUGAAGGGGAGAAGGAAAUGGUGGAAAAUGAUCUUGUCACGUUCCAAAUAACGUUAACACGACAUAAUUUACAUUCUUCCGAAAAAGCAGGGCUUGUUCAUGCACCCUUUAUUCAUAGUAUUUUAUUUGAAGAAUGGUGGAUUUUCCUUCUAGAUAAAAAAUCAGAUGGAUUACUUUCAUAUAAACGAUCAAAAAGUCUUGAUAAUCAUUUCACUGAAAAUUUAAAUGUUCUUCUUCCCACAAGUGGAACUUACAUGUUUCAAGUUAUUGCUAUGUGCGACUCGUACAGUGGUUUAGAUGUUGUUAAAGAUGUUCAAUUAACAGUACGCUCAAAAGAAGAAGUUAAACGGAAACCACUAGUGAAUCAACAGUUAGAAGACAAUGAGGAACCUCCAACAUUGUUUCAAGUUCUCUUUGGGGACAAUGAAGACACUGUUUCAGAUGAUUUAUCCAACGACUAAUGCUUUUUUAUUAUUGAAAAAAACAGUCAUAUGUGGCUGGCACCGUUACCUUUUUUUUCUGUUUCCAUAACUGACAUUUUGUUCACAAUGAUUGAAACUCAUUCAAAAUUUUUCUGUUUUUUGUCUUAAAAAUUCAUUAAACUUUUGAGUAAUACUGUCAGUUUCAAAAAAGUCCUCGGCAUGAUUCACAGCAGAACAAAAAUU